AUGGCUAGCUGUAAUGGCUCUGAAUCCAGAUUGUCUGGUUUAAAUCUUUUUUUUCCAUCACCUAGUAGCCGUGUGACGUUGGCCAAAUUUUAUAAUCUCCCUGGACCUCAAGUAUCUCAUCAAAAUGAGGAUAAAAAGAGUGCUUACUUCAUACCAUUAAUUUUUCUUUUGUUCAGAAGGGUCAUUAGAUGUUAUGAACAUAAACAGUAUCGAAAUGGAUUGAAAUUCUGUAAACAAAUCCUCUCUAAUCCCAAAUUUGCAGAGCAUGGAGAAACCCUGGCUAUGAAAGGAUUAACAUUGAACUGUUUGGGGAAAAAGGAAGAAGCUUAUGAAUUGGUUCGUAGAGGCUUGAGAAAUGACUUGAAGAGUCAUGUGUGUUGGCAUGUUUAUGGCCUUCUCCAGAGGUCAGACAAGAAAUAUGAUGAAGCCAUUAAGUGUUAUAGGAAUGCGUUAAAAUGGGAUAAAGAUAAUCUUCAAAUCUUAAGGGACCUUUCUUUACUGCAGAUUCAAAUGAGAGAUCUUGAGGGUUACAGGGAAACGAGGUAUCAAUUACUUCAGCUUCGCCCUGCACAGAGAGCAUCAUGGAUUGGUUAUGCUAUUGCUUACCACUUAUUAGAAGAUUAUGAAAUGGCAGCAAAGAUUUUAGAAGAAUUUAGGAAAACACAACAGACAUCCCCUGAUAAAGUGGAUUAUGAAUAUAGUGAACUCCUUUUAUAUCAGAACCAAGUUCUUCGGGAAGCAGGUCUCUAUAGAGAAGCCCUGGAACAUCUUUGUACCUAUGAAAAGCAGAUUUGUGAUAAACUUGCUGUAGAAGAAACCAAAGUAAAUAACAUGUUUUGUACAAGAAUGGUGGCAAUCAUAGAAGAAUUAGUAGUAGGUUAUGAAACCUCUUUAAAAAGCUGCCGAUUAUUUAACCCUAAUGAUGAUGGAAAAGAGGAACCACCAACCACAUUACUUUGGGUCCAGUACUACUUGGCACAACAUUAUGACAAAAUUGGUCAGCCAUCGAUUGCUCUGGAAUACAUAAAUACCGCUAUUGAAAGUACACCUACAUUGAUAGAACUCUUUCUUGUGAAAGCUAAAAUCUAUAAGCAUGCUGGAAAUAUUAGAGAAGCUGCGAGGUGGAUGGAUGAGGCCCAGGCCUUGGACACAGCAGACAGAUUUAUCAAUUCCAAGUGUGCAAAGUACAUGCUAAAAGCCAAUCUGAUAAAAGAGGCUGAAGAAAUGUGCUCAAAGUUUACAAGGGAAGGAACAUCAGCGGUAGAGAAUUUGAAUGAAAUGCAAUGCAUGUGGUUCCAGACAGAAUGUGCCCAGGCUUAUAAGGCAAUGAAUAAAUUUGGUGAAGCACUUAAGAAAUGUCAUGAGAUUGAGAGACAUUUUAUAGAAAUCACUGACGACCAGUUUGACUUUCAUACAUACUGUAUGAGGAAGAUUACCCUUAGAUCGUAUGUGGACUUACUAAAACUAGAAGAUGUACUUCGACAGCAUCCAUUUUACUUUAAAGCAGCAAGAAUUGCUAUAGAGAUUUAUUUGAAACUUCAUGACAACCCCCUUACAGAUGAGAAUAAAGAACAUGAAGCUGAUACAGCAAACAUGUCUGACAAAGAGCUAAAGAAGCUACGUAAUAAACAAAGAAGAGCUCAAAAGAAAGCCCAGAUAGAAGAAGAGAAAAAAAAUGCAGAAAAAGAAAAGCAGCAGAGAAAUCAGAAAAAGAAAAAGGAUGAUGAUGAUGAGGAAAUUGGAGGGCCAAAAGAAGAACUUAUCCCUGAGAAACUGGCCAAGGUUGAAACUCCAUUGGAAGAAGCUAUUAAAUUUUUAACACCGUUGAAGAACUUGGUGAAGAACAAGAUAGAAACGCAUCUUUUUGCCUUUGAGAUUUACUUUAGGAAAGAAAAGUUUCUUUUGAUGCUACAAUCAGUAAAGAGGGCAUUUGCUAUUGAUUCUAGUCAUCCCUGGCUUCAUGAGUGUAUGAUUCGACUCUUUAGUACUGCAGUGUGUGAAAGUAAAGAUUUACCUGAUACAGUUAGAACAGUAUUAAAACAAGAAAUGAAUCGUCUUUUUGGAGCAACGAAUCCAAAGAAUUUUAAUGAAACUUUUCUGAAAAGGAAUUCUGAUUCAUUGCCACACAGAUUAUCAGCUGCCAAAAUGGUAUAUUAUUUAGAUCCUUCUAGUCAGAAGCGAGCUAUAGAGUUGGCAACAACACUUGAUGAAUCCCUCACUAACAGAAACCUCCAGACAUGUAUGGAGGUAUUAGAAGCCUUGUGUGAUGGUAGCCUAGGAGACUGUAAAGAAGCUGCUGAAGUUUAUAGAGCAAAUUGUCAUAAGCUUUUCCCUUAUGCUUUGGCUUUCAUGCCUCCUGGAUAUGAAGAGGAUAUGAAGAUCACAGUUAAUGGAGAUAGUUCUGCAGAAACUGAAGAACUGGCCAAUGAAAUUUGAACAUCAUUAAACAAGCAAAUGGAAUGACUUUGGACCAUAUCUAGUGUAUAAUAUUUUUGUCACGCACCUGCUGCAUUGCUCUAACUUACACAGAAUGAGAAGAGUAAAUGUUCUUGCCUUCAAAUAGUGUUUUACGUUUUUUAUCCUGCUGAAAAAGUAUAUAUAAAAUAUCUAACAUAUUACAGGAUAUAGGUUCAGUUUCUUAAAAAAUUAAAAGCUGCUAAAAUUGAGGGAUUAAAAAAAGAUACCUUAUUCUAUUCCUACCUACCCACCCAUGUUUUUUAACUAAUUUAUAUAAAAUCUGGAGGCUGUUACAGCUAACAAAGCAGGUGUGUGGCAGAAAUAUUACUUUAAAAUUUGUCUUGUGAGAUUUUACUAUAUCUCAGACAGCAUAAAUGCUGUUUUAGCACUGGAUUCUUUCACUGAGCACAAAGAGUUGUUGGGGCUUUAGCAUCUGACUGAUUCUGUUACGGGGUUGAUUCUGACCAUAGGAAGUAUGCAAUGUGAAUCACUAUUUACAGAGAAACCUACAACAGAUGCUUGAUGUUGUAGAAGCUGGGACAUAUAGAUACCAAGCAGAAUUAUAAGAAACCUAGAGGGUGUUCAAUACGCUUGUUGUGUUUCCAAAAUUCACUGUACAUGAUCAGUUUGGUGUUCUUGUACCACAGUUUUUAACUGAAGGAACCAGUUGGAACAAUCUCAAUUUUAACUAAAACUUGAAGAACUAAAAUAGCAAUGCAAACCUUUCAGCAUUGUCUUUGGCCAAACUUGUUAAAACUGUAAUGCAAGAACCAAAUGCACUGUGAUGUGGCACCAACUAAUUAGCACGCAUGAAUUUUUUCACCCAAGAGUGAAAAAAGAAAAUCUACCAUGGCUUGAAGUUAAAGAGCAGAACUCCUGACUACCAUUCUAUGACUGAUCAAGAGACUAAUAGUUAAAAACCUCAGCAGGCCUUGUUCACGAUAUGCAGAAAAAAAGUGCUGCAGUUUAGAUACCUCUGGAAUUUUUCCACAGUGUCACAGGUUUGUAAUACUUGAAGCCCUACAUUUCUAAGAAUAUAUUUCUUGCUCAGUUGUUUCAGGCAAGCCCAAGACUUUGUAAUUUUUAAAGGGCCCAAGAUUUUUUUUUUUCAAUAACAGACCAGCUUCUUUUUCCUGCAGUUACAGAUGUAAUUUCCUUUUUGUUGUCAAACAUAAGGUACCAAAUAUGAUGCAAUAAAUUGUUUUGAAAAACAGUUGUGUGAAUAUUUCAACUAAUCUGUGUUGGGCUUCUGUGAAAACACACAGGUGGAAACAGAGGUGCAAGCCAGAGGCAAUGUAAUGUGCUGUACAGCUAGUGCCGAUGGGAGCGUUCAGGAUGGGCUGAGUGCCGAUGUCAGGGGAACUCCGUAAUGCAGGUGUAGUGCCGUUCCUGCACUAAGAUUUCAUUGAGGGCUAGGAUGGUGGCAGGUGAAUGUAAUUCCUAACUCAUCAUUUGAAAGGCAAGCUGAAAACUGCAAUUUUGAUGGAGAAAAUGAGCCUUAAAAUGUUAAACCUGUAUACUGAGAACUGGCCUCAGGCUCAAUAUUCUCAUUGCAUUUGCAAGAUUUAAGCAAAUUAAGUAAAGUGAAUCAGUUGUAUAUAUAAUUGACCUUUUUUUGUGGUACUUUUAGUUUAUAGGACAUAUAUUCUAAAGGGAAUUUUCAGGAGACCUUAUCCUUCUACUGAUUGAACCCUUGUGCUAAACUCAACCUUUCAUAGUACGUGACCUGCAUUCCGCGUCCCAGUCUAACGAUUUAGUGAUGUAAAGAGAAGUACAAACUGAACUCCAGUGCUUUGUUCUGUUUUCCUAACCGGCCCUGUCUCAGGAACAUCUUAACAGAUGGCAAAAAAACAAACUUUUUUUCAACUUCUCCUAUGAGUGGCAACUGAAGUUCUUAUUGUUGGGAAAGAACACUAGUGCUACCUCUGCCACUACUGAGGUGUUGGGAGGAGGCGCCAGCCAUAUAAUAGGGGGUGUAUGUGUGAAUUAUGUUUAAACUCUACUGUAUAUUGAAAUGGAAUUCAUAUAUUUGUCUUGAUAAUGUUCAAAUGAUGUAGAUUGUCUUAGAAUGAAAAUUCAUAAAUACUCAGAACUCUUGAUGCAGAUGCCACCCGUGAGGAGCUAAAUUCCUAAAAUGUAUAUUGUACUCCAACCCAAUUUUACUGGAACUAUUGAAUAAAUACUUUAUUUUCUUUCAGGUUUA